AUGGCGGCGGCGGAGGGCGGCUGGCAGGGCUCCUCGGGGCACCACGGCUCCCCAGACCAGCAUGGCGUCGAGGACGAGCACACGAGCCCGCUCUUCCAAUCUGACGAUUUCAGGCUCUGGUGCAUGAAGGUGAGGGUCUGGUUGCCGCGGGCGCCCGUCAUCCCCUGCACCAAGCGCUUUGUGCACGACUGGACCAUCUGCCCCUUUGCGCACGCCGGGGAGAAGGCGGUGCGGCGCGACCCGCGCCUGCACAACUACACGGGCAUCGCGUGCCCAGACAUGAAGAAGACGGGCAACUGCAUCCGCGGCGAGAAGUGCCCGUACGCGCACAACGUGUUUGAGUACUGGCUGCACCCCACGCGGUACCGCACGCAGCUGUGCAAUGACGGCCCCAUGUGCCGCCGCGGCAUCUGCUUCUUCGCGCACUCGCUGGAAGAGCUGCGCGUGCCCGCCUGCAAGCCGUACGUCAGCCCCGAGGCGCUGGCCCGCGCCUCGCUGGAGGCGAUCCAGCAGAACCCACACCCGCUGGGGCAGCAGCUGGCCAACCCGGUGGCGGCGGCGCAGCAGCAGGCUGCCAUGGCGGCCAUGGGGCGGCCCGGCGGCGGCGGCGGCGGCCGCGGCGGCCGCGACUCGGGGCCCAGCAGCCUGGCGGCCAACGCAAUGCCGUUUGUGCCGGGCACCUCGGGCGGCCCAAAUGGCGGCGGCGGCCCCAAUGGCGGCGGCGGCUUCCGCUACUCUGACAACUUCCGAGGCGACUUCCGCCACUCAGGCGAGCCCGCGCGCUACAGCGCCCCCGGCGCCGCCGGCCUGCUGGCCAACUCCGGCAGCAGCGGCGACUUUGGCUCGCUGGGCGAGUACGGCAGCCUGCCCUCCCCGCACUUUGCGCAGCAGCGGUGGACGGCGCCGCCGCAGGCGCACGGCAGCUACCCCGGCCCCGCCUACCACGGCGGCGGCGGCGGCGGCGGCGGCGGCGGCGGCGGCAGCUACCCGCCGCAGCACCAGCAGUACGGCCAGCAGGCGCAGCGGUACGGUUCCAUGCCCGCCAGCGCCGGCUCGGGCCGCCUGUCGGGCAACCGCGGCGGCGGCGGCAGCUCCAGCAGCUUUGGCGCCGGCAGCGCGCCCAUGGAAUCGAUCAUGGACAUGGCAGCCGCGGCGGCCGCGGCGGCCAACGCCUCUGCUGGCCUCCGCCCGCAGCACGCCCAGCCCUCCCACCCCCCGCAGCACCAGCAGCACCAGCAGUACCAGCAGCAGCACCAGCAGCAGCAGCACGCGCACCACCAGCAGCACCACCAGCAGCAGGGCUACCACCCCGCGCCGGCGCGCGCGCCGUCGCCCGCGCCCCACAGCCCCAGCCCCGGCCCGCGCAGCUUUGCCGCGGUGCAGCACCCACCGGCGCAGGGCUUUGGCUCCUACUCGCCCAUGGCAGACGGCGGCGACGGCAUGCCGGGCAGCAGCCGCAGCGUGGCGGCGCCGGGCAGCGUGCCCAGCGUGCGUACCAGCGACAGCCACUCUGAGGAGGACGGAGCCGUGUCGCCCCGCAGCCAGCAGAGCGGCCUGCCCGCCAGCGCCAGCGGGCGCGCCAGCCCUGCGGAGCCAGACCUCGCCCAGUCGCUGGCCUCCCUCAAAAUCGCCAUGACGCAGCAGCAGCUGGCGGCGGCCGCGGGCUCGAACCAUGAGGUGGUGAUUACCACCCUUCACCAGAUCCUGAAAGACGCCAUGGCCCAGCAGGGCGGCCCCACCCCGGGCUCCUCCUUUGGCGCCGGCGGCGAGCCCACCGCCGCCGCCGCCGCCUUUGUGGCCGCGCAGCUGGCCGGCGGCGCCAGCGGCGGCAGCAGCGCGGCCUGGGCCGGCGGUUCCCCAGACAAUGCCAGCUACAGCUUUGGCUCCUCGGGCGCCUCCAUGUCUGCUGGAUCGCAGGCCCAGUUCCCGCCCAGCCCGCAGGCCGGCAAUGUGGGCUCCCAGGGGGAGGCCGCCGCCGCGGCCGCCGCCGCCGUCGCGGGCCGCGACGCCGGCGGCGGCGCCAGGGCGUCGCCGGGGCAGCAGCAGCAGCAGGACGGCGGCAGCGGCGGCGCCGCGCUUUCCUCCUCGCCCGGUGCCAUGGCGUGCUAUCAGGCGGCCAUGGUGGCGGCGGCUGGGGGCUACCCUGGUGUGAUGCUGCCAGCGGCGCCGCAGCGCCCCGCCAGCCCCGGCAGCCCCGGCGAUGCGGGCCAGGCGGCGGCGGCGCUAGCGCUGGAGGGCGAGGAUGAGGGCAACAUCUGA